GAAUUUCGAAGGACUUGAAGAAGAAGAAGAAGAAGAAGUUGAUGUUGAUGUUAUUGUUGUUGUGGGUUCCGGAAAGGGGGUGAAUUCGGCGUGAGGCCGAGUAGCCAGGUCCUCCUUUCCUUCCCCCGCAUCUUCGAAGCUUCGUCUUCUUCUUCUUCUUCUUCUUCAGUCGGGCUCGUGCGUUUACGGAGUCGGGAUUCAGCCAGACACCUGUGCAGCAGCAGCAGCGGCAGCGCCAAGGGGGUCGCGGAAUUCGUCGCGUUCACGCGAGGGAUGCAUCCGUUCCGCAGCUUCCGUUGCGGGAAUCUUGGGUGGCGCUAUGAAUGCUGUCAACGAACUGGGCAGGUCAGAGUUCGGUCCCUGCGGCGGAUGUUUUAAAAUUAGCCCCCCGCCCCUCCCCACCAGGUUGCGCUGUGCGUAUGUAAUCAAUGCGGGUUCCGGUGCAACGGACUCGACUACUCCUGCACGCUGUCCUCACACGAGCGCCUGCCGUCUCUCUCUCUCUGUACACGUUCGAGAUGUGGUUGUGAGCUUGUGCGCGUGUGUCUGUGCGCGACACGCUCUCAGAGAGCGAGAGAGAGAGUGUGUGUGACAGAGAGGGAUAGCGUCUGAGAGACUGGGUAGUCACUGGUGUGUCUGGGGUGCUCCGCAGUAGUGCUUCCCAUGAGGUACUUUUUUGUUUUGUCUUCGUCUUGAAGGUCAGAAUUCUUCGCUGUGAUGUGCAUGGAGGGGGCUACCUUGGUUUCUGUCUGUGAGAGAGUGUGUGAGAGAGAGAAUAGGUCGUGGAGAUGAGUCACCGUAGACCAGAUUCGAGAAGAGGUGUGAGGAUGGGCGAGGUGGAGUAGACUUGGGGGUCGUUUUGUUGGGAGAUUUGUCAGUUGAUACAGCGAUGUGGAUGUGUGAGGGUUUUGUUUCGCGGAGCUAAGGGGGAACGAGGCGUGAUUCAAACCACAGGCGGCCGGUGUUGGGUUUAGCUGUCGAAGAGGUGGGCGCCGGGAGGGAGGACGAUAUGGGGGUGAUGGGAUUGCCCACUUGGUUGACCCGUGAAAUCUCGAAGCUAUGGAAGAGAGGGGUAAUCGAGCUAACGGUGGAGUGGGCUCUUCUGUUGGAGAACUGGAAGUUGAUACUUGGAGGAUUGCUGUUUCAGUAUGUACAUGGAGUCGGUGCACGCAUCGCGCACUACCUACAUCAUCCAGGCCCGCUCCUUCACGAUGUUGGGUUUGAGUUGCUGCCGGAGCUUGGGAAAAAGAAUGCCCAUAUUAGCGAGAGCCUCUUCACGUUUGUGUUUGUUUCGUUCGUUCUGUGGACAUUCCACCCUUUUGUGUUUUACAACAAGCGAUUUUACACGGCCCUACUGUGGUUGAGGGUUCUGAUUUGUUUGGUGAUCUGCCAAUCUCUGAGGAUGUCAUCGUUUAUGGUGACGCAAUUACCUGGCCCCAACUACCAUUGUCACGCAGGGCAGCCAACGGCUACUUUGCCGCCCCCGAAGAGCAUCAAAGAGGUGUUGCUAUUGAAUUUCCCGUAUGGAGUGAUUUAUGGGUGCGGGGACCUGAUUUUUUCCUCGCACAUGACAUUUGCCCUAACCUUCUUCCAUGCGUAUCUCAAGUAUGGGACAAGGCAGUGGAUAAAGUUCGUUGCGUUCUUGGUGAUGGUUGCCCUAAGCCUCCUUAUCGUAGCUUCCCACAAGCAUUACUCCGUGGACAUCGUCGUGGCCUGGUUCACCGUGUAUUUCGUAUUCUUCUUCGUGGAUCGGAAGUUCGCUGAUGCCGGAAUCGGCGAGCGCGUGCCAACAAGCAAUGGGCCACCACUUCUGCCUAUGAUUGCGAGGACAGGCAAGGAUGGUCGCAGCAAAGAGGAGAAGCUGUUGAACGGCAUUGCAGAGAAUGGAAGCGUUGAACUGUAAAAGGUCUCGACGAUGAGCCAGAUAUAUAUAUAUAUAUUUUUUGGUGAUUUGGAAACCCUACCUUAUUUUCAGUAGUAUGGUAAAGGUAAGAAUUAUUUAUUCAUUGGCUCUCCUCGAGUGUAUGUGUACUCUUGGGACAGAGAGCUCAGAACCUCGCACGGAGUUCGACGUAAUAAUUCUUCCAUUCUUUGUAAGUGAUUUAUUCUAGGGUCUCUGUCAUUGAACGCACUUAAGGCCUUACUUCCGAGGUGUGCCACAGCCUUCCUAUUCACCCUUGACGGUAGUGUUUAGGAUUAAGGCGAGAUGGUGGGGACCUGAACUCGCCUGACUGUGUCCGUGACCGCCUUCUGAAAAUCGCUCACUCCUGAAUCGACUCUCACCUGCUGUCGCAUUUUGAGUUGGGCAUCUGGGAGAGAAGCGGAAGGUGGGAGUUAUCGAUGCAUCAUUAGUCGCAUUAAGCGUCAUGAAAGGUCUAUUAUCGAAGAGUCUCUGUGGGGAUUGUUUCAUCUUUUGACAAAAGAGACAACUCUGCAUGUUUAGCUCUUUUUCCAGCUUUCCCAGCUUGAUAAAGGCGAUUUUAGAGGUUUUGUCGACUGAUUAGACCGUGGAGGCGGACAUUGAAUGAUCAUAUAUAUAUUAUCUGUAGGUAUUCGUAGCUCCCGAAGCUAGCUAACGACGAUUGCGCUUCGGUGUGUCUAAUGCUAACAUCGCCAAUCACCUUGUACACUACAAGAGAACUCCUGGUAGAGGGUGGAUAUUUUUUGGGGUUUUCAGGAAUUACUGAUGUUUUUUUCAAUAUUUUGUUUACAAUCUUCGGAAGAAAGCAUAAACUUUUACACUUCCGAAACCGUCAGAUUUUUUCUCCGUAGAGUUGACAAUUGGUGGUUAGUUUCAUUGCCUUCCGACCUCUGUGUCUCGUCCUUGAUCAGUAUCUCCAGCUUUGAAUUCUUCUUGUAGAAGAUGGGAUGCAAGGGAGGAGUCAUCUCAUGCAGUAUCCUGAUUGCUACAAAAGAGAAAAAUACAACGCUUUAGGGCCAUGUCACACAAUUUCAGUGACAGUACUGAGCUUUGGCGAAAUGUAUUGUGAACUUUUUUCUUCUGUCAAUAGUGGGUUUCAAAGCAGGGGUUUGAGUUAAUUCAACUUGCUUAGUUUUGUUGCAUUUCAACUUGAGCAGAUUUCACGGCCAUGUCUAAAAAAACCAUGAAAAUUGGCUCAGAACUGUUGAUAAGUUAGUUUCGUUGCUUUUAGGGAAAAGAAGGUGGUGUCAAUAAUGCAGAUUUCUUGUUGUACAUUGUAGACUUAAUGUGACUAGUAAAUAUGAAAAAUUGAUGAUCAAAAAAUGAAA